UCCAUCCCGGCUGCAUCCACCGCCAUCCGAGUGCCUCAAAGAGCGAGAGGUGGUGCGCGGGACCGCAGGGCGCGCCCUCCAACGGACCCCGGCUCGGCCUUGGUGGGGGCACGGGCGGCAGCAUGGACACCAAGCGCUGCUUUGCCAAUCGCUUCGAUGACUACCAGGGCAGCCUGCUGGCGGGCCAGUGCGAGGAGGCGGUGGCGCCCUUGGUCACCGCCACCAUCGAGCGCAUCCUCCAGGAGCUGCCCCCGCUCGGGGGCGGCCCGGAGGGCCGGGGGGCGGCGGCUGCGGCCAGCAGCUGCCAGUGGGGACUGUACGGCGGCGUGGCCGGGGUGGCCUACAUGCUCUACCACGUCUCUCAGAGCCCGCUCUUCGCCGGGGCCCGGGAGCGCUACUUGCGCUCGGCCAAGCGCCUCAUCGACGCGUGCGCCCGCGCUGAGGAGUGGGGCGAGCCGGACGCCGACACCCGCGCCGCCUUCCUGCUCGGGGGCGCGGGCGUGUACGCCGUGGCCACGCUCGUGUACCACGCCCUGGGCCGGCCCGACUACGUGCAGCCGUUGGGCAAGUUCCGGGCUCUGUGCGCCGUCUGCGCGCCCGUCUCCUUCCUCGAGUGCGGCUCCGACGAGCUCUUCGUGGGCCGCGCGGGCUACCUGUGCGCCGCGCUCGUGCUCAAGCAGAAACUCGCCCAGGAGGUGCUGACCCCAGCCCAGAUCAAAUCAAUUUGCCAGGCCAUCCUGGACUCUGGGAAACAGUAUGCCAUGAAAAAGAGGAAGCCAUUCCCGCUGAUGUAUUCUUACUAUGGAACCGAAUACUUGGGAGCAGCUCAUGGCCUAUCGUCCAUCCUCCAGAUGCUUCUUUCUUACCAUGAGCACCUCAAGCCCUCGGACCAGGAGCUGGUGUGGCAGAGCGUGGACUUCCUUAUGGAGCAGGAACAGAACUGCAACUGGCCCCCUGAGCUCGGCGAGGCCAUCGAGAGGGAGAAUGAGCUGGUGCACUGGUGCCAUGGCGCCCCAGGAAUUGCCUAUCUGUUUGCCAAAGCUUAUCUGGUUUCCAAGAAACCACAGUACCUGGACACAUGUAUCCGGUGUGGGGAACUCACGUGGCAGAAGGGCUUGCUAAAGAAGGGCCCAGGGAUCUGCCAUGGGGUGGCUGGCAGUGCCUAUGUCUUCCUGCUGCUCUACCGGCUCACCGGAAACUCUAAGUACAUCUACCGAGCCCAAAGGUUUGCUGAAUUUUUAUUUACGGAGGAAUUCAAGGCUGGUUCCCGGGUCCUUGAAAGUAUAUACAGCUUGUAUGAAGGCUUCUCCGGGACCGUGUGCUUUCUGAUCGAUCUGCUGCAGCCCAACCAGGCUGAGUUCCCUCUCUUCAGCGUCUUUGUUUAGAAGGCUCCAUGUCCCAUCAUGGCCCUGCAGAAGGUUCCCGAGAUUUCCUGAGCCUACUACCUGAGGCAUUUUCCACAUAAGCCACAUUCAAUGGUAUCACAACCAUGAGCCUUAACAUUGCCGCCAGAAGGAAGGAAGGGAGCAGGCAGGUGAAGAAGGCAACAUGAUUCCAGGUUGAAGGGAGAACAGUGUGAGAACCUGCAAACAUAAAGACACUACAACUAUUCUAAAACCCCUAGAGAUGGAAUAGUUCAGGGAAUGGAUGUGACACCAGAGAUCCGAGGAAAAAGGGAAAGAAAAAUCACCUAUCUCACUUAAACCAACACUGAGAUGUGGAUUAUGGCAAUGAAAUGCCAAAAAUAGCUUUGCAGUUGGAGAGAGAAUUUGACCACUUAUGGGUGCCCUCCACCCCUAAAUUCAGAAAUAAAGACCAUCAGCAAACUAAAGUCAUUGCCCAGCUGAAAACUGCUAGGAGGGAUGGGUCAGGUUGCCAAAGGACAAAAAGGGAAACUCUUGGUUGUCCUUUGCCUUUACUUACUGAAAUUCAUGAUUUUUAAUGAAUGGGGAAAUUUGCCUAUGAAUCUCUAUUUUUAUCAUUACCCUGGGCACUUUAAAGAAAGCAUACCAUAACUUAGUUUCAAGCCCCAAAGUCCAAGUUCCCUUAGGCCUUAGAGAGUAUCUUUUCCUGGUUCCUUCUUCUUUCCAAAAGCUCAGUUAGAAUAGCAAAUUUCACAGGCUAGCAAAUACCAUAGCAGGUGUUGCUGUCAAGUGUUUUUCUCAAUUUGAAGCAUAAGCUAUGAACUGUCUAUUGUUAGGAAUUUUUUAAAUGCCUAUGUAAUCUCAAUGAAGCUAUUAGCUGAACUAUAAAAUAUACUUGUGGCGAAAAUCACUCAUCUCAAAGAUGAGGGUAAACACCAAGGAGGUGGGUUGUUUCUGCCUUGGGUGGAAUACUGUGUCCCCUGGGACACACAUUGGCCUAGAAAGGGACCAGUGAUUAUGAAAAGAACAUUGCUUAAUUUUAUACUAUUAGAUUAAGAUAUGCGUGAACUCCCCAGCUGAUCAUCAUAUCCUCCAAGACACAGGCUCCACUAGAAUUUGUCUACAAUAUCCAUUGAGCCAAGCUGUCAUUAAAUUCGGCCCUGCUGUAAACACAUAGAAGCUGUAAAACUAUCAGAAGCUGUAAAACUAUUUCAAGUAAAUAGUGGUUUCCAGAACACUGGGAGCAUCUGUCACUUCAAUACUCAGAACACGAGUCUAUCCGUUUCCUAGAGUUUGGUCACUGGCAAUUUCAUAUAUCAGAAUGAGGAGGAAAUUGAAUGCAUUGUAAGAUUUAACAGUUAUUUAAAUAGUCAUUAAGUAUUUGGAUAUAUAUGAUAGAUGUAGAAUAUAUAUGUAUCAAUAGGCACUUUGGUUUACAUGGGGAUAGAUGUAUAUAUACAUCCAGAGAAGGAAAUGGCAACCCACUCCAGUAUUCUUGCCUGGGAAAUUCCGUGGACAGAGGAGCCUGGCGGGCUACAGUCUAUAGGGUCGCAAAGAGUUGGACAUGAUUGAGCGACUGAACAACGACAAUACAUCUGUCCUCAUGUAAA